AUGAAUCAAUCUGAGUCGACCGCUCAACCUGAAGUACAUUCUACCGCUCGAGUUUACAACUUGAAGACCAGUGAUGAUUCAGAAAUCAUUGCGGGUACUUUUCAUAUAGCUGGAAAAUUUGUUUUAGUUUUGAUUAAUCCGGGAUCAAAUUAUUCUUAUAUCAGUAGUAAAUUGGUUAGAGAUUUGAGUCUUCCUUUAGAGCCUAUUCGUAGUGAGAUGAUUGUGAGGAAUCCUUUUGGAAAUAAGGCUCGGAUUUAUCAUUAUUAUGCUAAUGUGAAUUGUAGAGUGAAGCGAGUUCAAGUAACAAGUCUUGAUGGGGUAGAGGUUAGUAUGGUCAGUGAAAGAAUUAAUCCUUUAGCUAAUGUAAUAUCAUUGACGUCAGCCCGAAAGUUAAUGUUGCAAGGACGCAAAGUGUAUAUUUCUAAUAUAGUUGAUAAAAGUGUCAAAGAAAAGAAGUUUGAAGAUAUUCCUACAGUCAGAGAGUUUUCAGAAGUAUUUUUAGAUGAGUUACCCGGGUUACCUCCAGAUAUGGAGGUUGAGUUUCAGAUUGAAGUGAUGUUAUUAUCGAAGAAGAGCUUUGAAACUCUGAAGAAAGUUCUGACAGAAGCUCCGGUGUUGGUGCAACCUAAAUCAAGCAAAGAGUUCACAAUUUUUAGCGAUAAUUCCCAUAAUGGUUUGGGUUGCGUUUUAAUGCAAGUUGGGAAGGCAAUUGCUUGUGCUUCGAGACAGUUAACGCCUCAUGAAAAGAAUUAUCUGACGUGUGAUCUGGAGUUACCAACUGUGGUCAUUUUAAAUUUGACGCAAAGAAGAUGGAUGGAAUUGCUAAAGGAUUAUGAUGCAAUCAUUGACUACUAUCCCGCGAAAGCCAACAUUGUAGCGGAUGCUCUUAGUCGAAAGACUUUUACCACUUUACGUAGUUUGGACGCUCGAAUAGUGCUAAAGGAAAAUGAUGCAUUGAUGGCUGAGUUAAUGUUGAAGCCAUUUUUGUUAGAGCGGAUUAAGGAGUUGCAAAAGAAAGAUGAUAAAUGUUUAAAUUGGUUCGAGCAAGUAGAGAUAGGUGGACUUAAUGACUUCGAGGUGCCUUCAGGUUUGUUGCAACACAUCCCAAUUUCUCAAUGGAAAUGGGAAAACAUUACGAUGGAUUUCGUAAUUGGUUUGCCUUCAUCGUCGGGUAAAAAGGAUUCGAUUUGGGUAAUUGUGGAUCACCUUACAAAGUCUACACAUUUCAUCCUUGUGCGAAUAGAUUUUUCUAUGGAGAAAUAUGUUGAAUUGUAUGUCAAGGAGAUAGUGCGACUUCAUGGUGUUCCAAUCUCAAUAGUUUCUGAUAGAGUUCCCAAGAUUUUAGAAGUCCUUGCAAGAAGCUUUAGGCGAUAUAGAUCAAAUCCUGCACACAUCAUAACUCCAGAUGAAAUGGAAAUUCAUUCUAAUUUGACAUAUGAUGAGGAUCCAGUUCAAAUUUUAGCUUUUGAAAAUAAGCAGUUGCAGAAUAAAAUGAUUCCACUAGUUAAAGUCCUUUAG